GUGGCAGCGCUAUUAUGUGCAAUCACGUUUUCUGUAUUUAAUUGUUGUACAUACUUUAAUUAUAAACAACUUAAUAAUGGACGAUGACCUCACGCUGCCGGCAGACACAAUGGCCAUACUUAAUGAAUUUCUGGCAGAGCGCGCGCAGCGAGAGCAGGAGGAGGAGCAGAGGAUUGUAAACAAAACCGGCAAGGAUGCGCAUUUUGAAGAAGAUUGGCAACUGAGCCAAUUCUGGUACAGCGAGAGCACAAAAGUUUCAAUAGGUAAGGUAGUAGCCACAUUACUAACUGAAGCAGGCGCUACCGAUUUUCGUAUAGCUCUGUUGUCUUGUCCCUCACUUUAUGCCACUAUUAAGGAUAUACAUGGGAAUGUCAACAUUUUUGAAUACGAUCAACGUUUUGGUGCCUAUGGAACCGAUUUUGUGCACUACGAUUUUAAUGCUGCGGACGAAGACUAUCUGCAAAAUUAUCACAACAGCUACGAUUUGGUUAUAGCAGAUCCACCUUUUCUCUCCGAGGAGUGCAUUUCUAAAAUGUCUGUCAUUAUACGGAAUCUACAGCGCACUAGUGAAUCGAAAGUGAUUUUCUGUUCCGGCGAAGUAGUCGAAAAAUGGCUGACGGCCUGCCUUCCAGUUCGCAAGUGUCAAUUUCAACCGGAGCAUGAGCGAAAUUUGGGGAACGAAUUUGUUAGUUAUGCAAAUUUUAAUUUAGACCAUUAUGUUGUAAAUAAAUAACACAAUUCGAAUGCAAA